AUGGUGGCAAAGGGCCUGAAGAAGAAGGGUGGAACCCCGGCAAAAAAGGCCACUCUCAAGUUCACGGUGGACUGCCAGCAGCCCGCAGAAGACACGAUCAUCGAGCCCAAGGACUUUGAGAAGUUCCUGACCAACAAGAUCAAGGUAGAUGGCAAGACCGGCAACCUUGGUGACAAGGUUAGCAUCCACAGAGAGAAGGCGAAAGUCCAUGUCACUGCCGAGGCCCCGUUCUCGAAGCGCUACCUGAAGUAUCUGGGCAAGAAGUACCUCAAGUCUCAACAGCUGCGGGACUUUCUUCGCAUUGUGGCCCCGUCCAAGACUUCGUACGAGAUGCGCUAUUUCAACAUCAAUGAUGAUAAGGGCGAAGAGGACUGA